CCGCCGGGGAGCUCCUCAGGCUCAGCCAGCCGGCGGAGCUCAUCUCCCUGCUGGCCCUGGGCACCAUUUACGAGCUCCUGUACACCCGGGAGUACAAGGCCACCGUGCGCUGGGCCUUCGCGGGCAUCCUCGUGGGCCUGCUCACCCAGCUGCGCUACCUGUUCGAGCUGGGCGUGGCGGACGGCAUCUCGGACUAUGAGGAGGACGUCCUGGAGGUGCGGCCCCUCAGCCCCUGCAGGACCUGCCUGGAGGCCCUGAAGGGUCUCUUCUGGACCACGAGCUACUGGGAGGUGUUUGCCCACCUCAAGCUGCUGCGAGGCUGGGAGCUCUUCGAGCAUCUGGAAACCUACACCGAGGGAGUGACCCUCUUGGCUAGGGCCAUGGCCCACUAUGACUGUGAGGUCAAGGCUGUCCUGGGGCAGGCAGUCAUCUCCCUGAAGAGCUCCGAGGAACGGGACAACAUCGUGGCCAUUCUUAUCAUCACGGAGUUUCUCAACAGCCAAGAGCUCACCCAGUACGUGUCCCGGAGGACCAUGGACAGCUUCCUGAGCCUGGGCCUCAACCACCCCAACCAGCUGGUGCGGGCCAUGAGCCUAAAGGGCCUCAGCAGCACGCUCAUGCACCCCAAGAAGGUGGUGCUGCUCCGUGGGCGGCUGGCCGGGCUGCUGGACCGUUUUGGGAAGCCGGAGCCCAAGGACCUCAUGGGCCUGAUGGAGAUCCUGGGCGACAUCCUGCACCACCUGGGGACUCAAGGCGUCGGCGCUGCCAGCCUCAAGAUGGCCCAGCACCUGUUGCCGCUGUUCGAGGAUGAGCAGGCCCCGGUGCGGGGAGGAGCCAUCUCGCUGUUCGGAGACGUGCUCCACAGCGGCGGCAGGAAGUACCGGCCGGAGCUCAAGACCUUCGCCUUUCGGGCCCUGGUGCCGCUGCUCUUCCACCUGGCGGACCCCUGCCCCGACGUGGCCAUGAACACCAAGCUCACCUUCCUGCGCUGCGCCAUUCUGCUCAAGUGGGAGUUUCGGAAGGAGCUGUUCGGGAAGCUGGCAUGGGGCCACGGCCUGGGCGCCGAGAAUGACAUCUUCAUCUACAUGGUGGAGAGCAACUUCGGCAGCUAUCACCAGUUCCUCAUGCAGGCCCUGCACUACCUCGCCAGCCCCCACGGAAACCUGAGGCGGACGGCCAUGAAGUUCAUCGGGGGCCUCCUGCACGACUACUUCACCGACCUCUGCUUUUCCCUGAAGAAGGGCGACCUGAAUGUCCUCAGGAAACAUGUGGAGGUCCUGAGGCAGGACCCAGACUCCAUGAGCCGCAGAUUCUACCACAGCGUUUUGGAAGACAUCAGUGAACUCUCCCAGUUCGUGACUCACUGAGCCCUGGUCAUCGGCCUUGCUCCCGGCAUAUGCUGUGUUAUUUCUCUAUUAAAUGCGGCAGAGUU